AUGAAUUUUCAUUCUAAGAAGAGUAAUACUGCUCACAACAGGGCUUCCACUGCUAAACUGGUAGGUUUAGCCACUUUGAGAUUCUUUCAAUUCGCUUCCGCAGUCCUCGUAAUGUCUUUGAUUGCCUAUGCUAUUCACGCUUACGGUUUCCACGGCUCUAAAAAGACCAACUUCGUCUUGGCCGUAGGUGUUAUCGGUACUUUCUACAACUUGGCCGUCUUUGUCCUGGCUAUCGCUGUUCCAAAGUUGGUCUUUGCUGGUAUCUACUUCUUUUUCGAAGUGGUCAUGUGUCUGCUAUGGUUCGCCGCCUUCAUCGUCGACGCUAAGGUUCAAGGUGACCACUCUUGCAAGAUUAAACAUACUGCCCAAUACAAUCCAAAGUACGGUAACUUGCAAUCAUUCACCGACUCAGAGGGUGACUUCAACGCCUUCACUAACAAGUACACCACCAAGACUGAGAAGACCGCCUGCCAAUCAGCCAAGGCCUCAAUCGCCUUUGCUGGUUUGUCCUGGGCUUUGUUCAUGAUCUCCUCUGUGUUUGUCGGUCUAAACAUUUUGAACCCGGUCAUCGCUCAUUAUGGCGGUAAAGGUAUGUUCAAGACUGGCUCCUCCAUGGGCACCAGAGUCGACAGAGCCUCUGCCUUGACUUUGGUCGAUCCGAUCGAAGAUAAGUAUGCUCCUGAGGAUGUUGAAGCCGCCGCUGGUGUACCAAACGCUAACGUCGUUCACAAUGAAGAGGACCAACAUACUUUGUCCACUAAUAACACUGCCCAUGACGGUCAAGAAAAAUCUGAAACCUCUGAAGUAUCUCCAACUCAAAGUGCAGCUAUGACCCAAGCUCAAAUUCAAGCUCAAGCUCAUGCUAGAGCUCGUGCUCAUUCUAUUUCUCUUUCUCGUGCUCAAUCUCGUGAAGAUGCUUAA